CAACCAUAUUCCGAUGGCAUCUGCAAGUUCCGAACAACAGUUAUGCUAUGGACCUGAGGAUCCAUCACUACUGUUUCAUCAGAACGAACAUAUUUCAGGCUCCUUGUUGGCGAAUGGCACAACAAAUGUGUUGAGAAGUAGUAGGACGGAGAGUAAGGUGUGGGAAUUGCCAAUACAUGAAAAUGUGAUGUAUUGGCUAGAUGUAUGGGGGUUCAGAGGCGUGGUUGAAUGUGGAAGGCCGAUGAGGAUGGACAAUGAGCUAAUAAUGGCCUUGAUCGAGCGCUGGAGGCCUGAGACACACUGUUUCCACCUUCCAGUUGGUGAAGUUACUGUAACCUUACAGGAUGUGCAAAGCCUGUGGGGUUUAAGAGCAGACGGUCGUGUUUUCACUGGCCGUGACUACCCUGUUGAAUUUGAAGAUUGGUCCAGCAAGUGUAGAGAUUUGUUGGGAUGGAUACCUGACGCAGAAACCGAAACGAAGCACGGGUGGUUUGUUGAUAACGUCUCUGAUCCACCAAGCGACGAUGUCGUUGGGUGA